AUGAUUGUAAAUGGAUGCUUUAAAAGAGAGAACUAAAUUAUUUUUAUAAACAAGAGCUAUUAAAAGAGUUUAAAGAAAGUGGAAUGUUAGGAGAGUCUGAACUCAGUUAAUAAAUAUAAAACAGGAAGCGAUUUAAGAAUUCAGUAUAUUUUAAAUGUAAUAAAAAGGGAAUAAUCAGUUAGUAUUAUUGAUAGAAGUGUAAAUUGCUAUUCUAAAAAUAUUAGCAAUAAAGGUUUUUAAAGAUUCUAUAGCUUUAAUUAGCACAUUAAAUCAAUUCUCAAUAACUCUGAGUAGAUUGAAAUGGGUUAUAAAUACAGUGGUUUAAAUCAAGUUAAAGAAGAAUUCAGACCCAAUCUUAAACAUCAUAUAUUAGAAUAAAGUAAUUCAAUAUCAAUAUUCCUGUAGCUUUACUACAGAGACUGCAAUAAUAAUUUUGAGAAGAUAUGAUAUGAUUAAAUUAGAACCAAAAUAAGAAUAAAUGGC